UAGGAAUGUUCUAACUAUGAGUCGGAAUUGACUCGACGGCACUGGGUUUGGUUUUGGCUCUUUUAACUUUCAUUGAUCCUCUUUCCUCUGGCCCCGCCUGUCACUUCCCUUCUGUAAUGAACAACGCCAAGCUGUGCCCAUGCAGAACAAAUCACAACAGGAAAUAUCGAGAGGGUGUAAUAUGUUGAACACUGUGCUUGAUGAGUUUUUCUAUUCAUUUCUCAUUUUUACAAUAUCCCGAUAAUGUUCCAUGAUAGGUCCCAUUAUACAAAGAAGUCUGAGGCUUCCUGAACAGUUAUAAAAGUUUCCUCAUUCACAAAACAAGUGCUAGAGUUGGGAGUAAACUCAGGGUUGUUUGAUUCCAAACCUUCCAGCAAAUGAUUGAUUUUGUUAGGGUUGCUUGUUCUUAUGACCCCAUGCUUAGGGCCCCAGGUUUCCUUGUUGGUGAAGCAGUAUUUGUCAAGGGGCAUUUACUCUGAACAUAAACAUCCUAAUGAGCUGUUCACUUGUGAGAUUCCUUUAGAGACCAUUUCUAAAUCAUUGGUUCAUGGAAAUAAAGGGUAAACACAUAAAUGUGCCCAGGACUUAUACAAUCAAUUCUUGCCUGUGUUUGAGAAUCCAGUGAUCAUAUUCUCGGGGACCUCAUCUUAACACAGGAAAUGGGAGUGUUCUGGAGUUGAUCCUGGCACACAACCUUGGGAUUCCCAUAGAAGCCAGUUCCCAAGGCUGCCAGACUCAGGCUUUGAUGGGCUUAACCAGAAACAAAAGAAAGGAGGAUAUGACUUUUCAUGAUUGAUUCUCAAGAUUUCUUUUUGUAACAUUAUCUGCUAAUUGUACAAUGGAGACAAUGAGUCAAAACAUGAAAGGAAUAGGGAAUGCAUCAAGCUCCUAAGUAGAAAGGGAUAAAUUAUUUCCAUAAUCUGCCACAAAAAGGUAGGAAGGGAGGGACACAUUUUAGUAAGAUACCUAGGAAGUGAGUAAAGAAAAGGAAAAGUAAUAAUUUAUUAAUGAAGAUUAGUUAUGGCUCUUCAAAUUUAAAAUCGUAUGGUGUUUUUUUCUAUCACUUUUCAUGAACAAAUGUAAGAGGUAGUUAAACAGAAAAGAGUAUGUGUGUUUAUUUCCUACUUUGCCUGUGUAUGGUAUGUAUAACAUAAGGAAUUUUUAAAACUAAGGCUUUAUUAUCUUGUCCAAUUGAAAUGGACAUCUUAAAUCACAAGUACUUCACACCUUAACUGAUAAGUCUCCUAACACUCAGCAGAUGCCAGGCUCCUUACUAGACAAUUUGUUUUGAUUAAAUGUUUAGUCCUGAAACUAUAAAGGCGUUUGAGGUGUCCAGAUGUACUUUGCUCAAGUUCCUUUUUCCCUCCUAAGGCUGACUUGGCAAACUUCUACUCCCCCUCUAUCUACUACUGUGGGGCCAUGCCUGACAGAAUGCCUGUGUUGUUAGAUUGUGUCUUUCCUACCUAAAAUUCCAUUUAGGAUACACCAACAAAUUAUUUAUCUUUUCUUUAGUGAUUUAAAGACCUCAUGCAUUUCAUUCUUCCUCCCAUUCCUCUGUUUUAGGGGGAAAAAUAAGUGCUACAUGUAAUUUUGAGUAUUGUGAGAAAAGAGAAUCUUAUUGACAUAAUAGCCACAACAGCUUGAGAUUUUAGGGACCAUACUCCAAAACUGACCUCAAGUCUUGACUGUGGGUCCUGCUUUGAUAAUGUCACCUGCUAGAUACUACCUCUGUGGUCAGAGAGUAGGUGACUUUGAAGACUAGGGAAACACUUGGUUUUGUACUCACAUGGAAGUUUUCAAGAGGCAAGCAAUGGAAUCUGUUGACCCUUCUAGUGCCUGAUCCUGUCCUACUCAAAGGUCAUAUCACGUGGUGGUAAGAGGUCCACUCUGAUCUGACAUUCUAAGUUCAAAUGCUUUCACCAGUUCUUACAAGAAGAUCUUGUAUCUUGUAUCCAUAACUUAACCUCAUGUUACCUACUUGAGAUCAUGGGUAAAAUGAAGGAUGAUAGAAGCACCUAAGUCACAGAUCCGUAGAGAGAAUAAAAGGAGUUCAUAUAAAUAACGAGUAUUUUAUAUGCUAAUACUCAGAGCUCUGUGUUAGUGACAUAGUUGUAGAAGUUUAUAAUAGAUAUUAUAUUUAUUACUAUAAUAUCUGUUAAUCAAAUCAAAAACCAAAUCAGUUGCCAUCAAAUCAAUUCCAACUUACUGCGACUCCACGUGUGUCAGAGUAGAACUGAGCUCCAUAGGGUUUUCAAUGGCUGGUUUUUCAGAAGUAGAUCACCAGGCCUUUCUUCUGAGGUGUCACAGGGUAGACUUGAACCUCCAACAUUUUCCUUAGCUGCCUAACCAUUUGUGCCAACCAAGGACUCCUGCUAAUACUAUUAUUAGUUAGAACAAUUAGGCAAGUGUUUUGUGAUGAGGAUCCAAAGAAUGCAAUGUUGAAAUGAAAGUGCAGAACUAAAAGGACAAAUUGUGAAGACCCAUCGAAAAAGGGCUGAGUCAUGGACUUGAACUCCUGAUCCACUUUGUAGUGUGUUGAUGAGCCAGGUCAUUACCUCCUCAGGGACUGCACCAGGUCUGCUCCAACUCUGUGUUCUAGAAUAUUGGUCCUCAGUGUGUGGUUCCCAGGUGAGCAGCAGCAGCAUUUGGAAAUUUGUUAUAGAGGCACACUUUGGAGGCCUAAUGCCCUAUCUUCUCGAUCUGAUACUCUGAAAUUGAUGCUCAGCAAUCAGCAUUUUAGCAACUCACCACCUCGCUCUGAUGCAAGGAAGUUCAAGAACCACUCCUGUAAAAUACACAUUUAAUAUCAUAUGAUUUUGAUUUUCCUGCUAAUUUUCAGAGUUCAGAAAACUCUUAAGAAAAAAAUAUGUACCGCUGAUAUUAUAUUCAUGUUAGUUGGCAAAUGUGUAAAAAGAGUAGGUACUUAAACAUAACUGGAAAAGAUGUGGUAGAGCAGGUGAAAGGAGGACAGCAGAAAUGAGAGUGUAGGAGGAAAGAGAACAGAGAAGGAGAGAGAAAAGGAUAGAGGAGAAAGAAGAGGAGGGGGAGAGAGAAACAAAGAGAGAACCACAGUAAUGAUUUAUAAUAUUAAUUUCAUGUGACAUUAUAGAUUAGAGUGUUUCUGUAAAAUAAGGGACCUUUGUACAUCUGUUGUAUAUCUCGUCUCUAUUCUUUCUACCAGAAUCAUCAACAAACAUGGAAUCAGAAAACCAAACAGGCUUAGCAGAAUUCCUCCUCCUGGGCUUUUCAGAGAAUCCAGAACUUCAGCCCCUUCUUUUUGGAAUGUUCCUGACCUUAUACCUGAUCACUGUGGCUGGGAACCUACUCAUCAUCCUGGCCAUCAGCUCAGACUCCCACCUUCACACCCCCAUGUACUUCUUUCUCUCCAAUCUGUCCUUCACUGACAUCUGUUUCAGCACCACCAUGACUCCCAAGAUGCUGGUGAACAUUCAGACACAGAGCAAAUCCAUCAGUUACACAGGCUGCCUCACCCAGAUCUGCUUUGUCCUGGUUUUUGCUUGUUUGGAUAAUUGUCUCCUUGCAGUAAUGGCCUAUGACCGUUAUGUGGCCAUUUGUCACCCUCUGAGGUAUACAAUCAUCGUGAACCCCCACCUCUGUGGCCUGCUGAUUCUAUUCUCCUUGGUCAUUAGCAUCAUGAAUGCCCUGCUCCACAGUCUGAUGGUGCUGCAUCUGUCCUUCUGCAUAGACCUGGAAAUCCCCCAGUUUUUCUGUGAACUUCCUCAGGUCCUCAAGCUUGCCUGUUCUGAUACCCUCUUUAAUAACAUCUUGCUAUAUUUUAUGACUAGUAUCUUGGGUGGUGGACUCUUCCUUGGGAUUAUUUUCUCCUACAUACAAAUUGUCUCUUCUCUCCUGAAAAUGCCAUCAACAGGUGGAAUGUACAAAGCUUUUUCUACCUGUGGAUCUCACCUCUCAGUUGUUUCCUUGUUCUAUGGGACAGGUUUUGGGGUGUACCUUAGCUCUGCAGCUACUCUACCCUCUAGGAAGAGUGCAAUUGCAUCAGUGAUGUACACCAUGGUCACACCCAUGCUGAACCCCUUCAUCUACAGUCUAAGGAACAAGGACAUAAUGGGUGCUUUGAGGAAACUCAUCUCUAGAAUAUCUUCUUUUCAUUAAUGUUUCACCUGCUUUGGGCUUAAGCUGUUGGAAUAUGCCUGAGUGAAAUAAAUAACACUGAUUCAGAGAACCUGAUUAAGUUCUUUGAAUAGUAGGAGUUCAGAAAUUAUAAUGGUUAAGGGAGAAAAUUUGGAGUCAGAACACUUGGGUUUGAAUUCUACCUCUUCUCUGUAAUAGCUAUGUGAACUUUGUAUAUUUAUUUCAGCUUUCUAAGUUCAGUUGAAAGGUCCCUA